AUGGACCAAGACAGCCCGCCCGUCGUGCGACCGAUUCCCCGUCGUCCCUUCCACGCCGACUUGGCGAAUGUCACGCCUCCAGACGAUGACGGCGCGGAUCAGCACGUGUCCGUGUCCGGUCAGCCAAACGGUCAACGAAGCUCGGGGCUCUUGACCACGAGUCUCGAUCGCUCAGAGUCUAUACCACCCUCCUUGAUCUCGCCGCCAUCCUUCAAGAACCUGACGUCCUCGACCUUGAUGGGCAUCUAUUCCGAGGCGGCGGCCAACACAAGGGAAUCCCUCUUGGACGACAACGAGGAGCUUGACACACCCUGGGGGACCGGCGCGCGUACGCCCAUACAGCGCCCCAGUAUCGAUGAAGCUACGUACAGGCUCAUGCGUGGUCGGUCCCACGUCCCACCGCAGUGUUCGUCCUUUGGCCCCUACGCCAAGGCCGACACAGCCGUGACACAAUCUACAUCCGAGGCCGCUUUGUCGCUGCUGCUCCGCGGCGCCCUGCUGUUCGCCCUGGGCCUGGGAUACGGCGUGCUGAUCACGCGUCUGCACAGCGAGCAGAACCAUACUGCGCCCAUGCGCGACGAUAGCAUCAUGAAGCCGGGGAGCAACUGGAAGUACUUGAACUCUUGGGGUGUCGCGGGUGUCGCCCUGGGAUCUCUGCUGCCUUGGUUCGACACAGUUUGGGAGGGCGUGUUCGGCAGCGGCACGGAAAAGAGUGCACGGAACAAGGACGCAGCACCGGGCACGGAUUGGGCCCUGGUGAUGCGAGCCAUUGGCGCCUUUGUCGGCAUCGUGUUUGCGAUUCGCAAAAUCCCCUGGGUUUCUACCCUCCAGGUAUCCGUGGCACUGGCACUGGUGAAUCCCACACUCUGGUGGCUGAUUGACCGCAGCAAGUCCGGAUUCGUUCUCUCGGCUGCCGUGGGCUUGGCCGGGUCGGUUCUGCUCGUGGGCUUGAAUCCCGAGAUUAUGCCAGCACCGUCGGGCCUUCCGGCUCAAAACGCCUCGGGCUGGUUCGGCAGCGAUGCGCGGACGCUCGACGGUUUCGCCCACCAGCAAGCUGUCGAGACCGGGGUUUGGAUAUUGAGCGUGCUAUUUUGCAGCUGCGUCUGCUUUGGCAAUAUCGGUCGUAGGUUGACCUGGAAUAGGUCGAGCGGCAGAUGGGGCGUCAUCCGAUAA